UGCGGGGGCCGCACUGCAUCAACACAAAUCACCUGAACAACACAAACGAUAUAUAAUCAAAUCAACAUUCAAUGAAUAUUUUUGUUAUAUUGAUGGAUGAACUGACUAAAACUGGCUCAAGAAGAGGCUCGGCAGUCAUCAUUGUCGUUAAUCUUUUGCCUUUGCAGUGCACUUACGACAAGCUAACUGCUCUGUGAUUGGCUACUUGUUGGUGACCCUGUUGCUGGCCCGUCAAUCAAAAAAUUAGCGGGAACGGUUGGUUUACGUUAACACCUAGCUUACCUCCAGAUCCCUUUAAAAGACUGAUUGUAGUGUACCAGUAUUUUGGUAAAAUAUACUAUUAUUGUUGCCAUCUCCUAAUUUGUGGUUUCUCGCCAAAGCUAUGGCGUGUGUACAACGAGUGAGAACUUCACAGGAUACUCAGCUGUUACCUAAUCAGGUUCUCUCGGAGCAGCAGUCCUUGGUUGUUAUAAAAAAGCUUCUGGCCAUCGCAGUGUCUGGCAUCACAUACCUCCGGGGCCUUUUUCCAGAGAAAGCCUAUGGGAACAAACAUGUUGAAGAUCAGAAAGUGAUGAUUCUUAGAGAGGAAAAGAGUUGUCCUGGUGCCACUCAGAUUGUUCAGUGGAUGCAAGGAUGCUUUGAGGCCAUUCAAAAGAAAUAUCUCCGGACAGUUAUUAUGUCUAUCUACACUGACCCAGAGAACCCCCAGAAAGUGACAGAGUUUUACCAGUUUAGGAUCCAGUACACAGCAAAAGGAGCGCGGAUGGACUUUGAAAGCAACAACAACAACAAGGUGUCAACGAUGUCAUGCUGCAACACUAAGAAGGCUAGCAUCCUGCUGGUGAGGAAGCUCUACACUCUGAUGCAGAACCUUGGUCCUCUGCCAGACAGUGUCUGCCUCAACAUGAAGCUGGCCUAUUAUGACGAUGUCACCCCUCAGGACUACCAACCGCCGGGCUUCAAGGAGGCUGAAGGUGACACAAUGGAGUUUGAGAGGGAGCCAGUCAAACUGACCAUGGGUGAGGUGGCCACCCCCUUCCAUACUUUGAAGAUGGACAUGGCUACAGAGAGACAGAGACUGGAGCAGGUGGAGGAGAAUGUUGAUGUGGCAGAGAAGUGGGUUCUGAAGAUGGAGGAGGAUGGUGUCCUUUCUCAGAGCCAUGUGAUUGAAGACGUGGAGAAGCCUGACAAUGAGAACACAGACUUGGAUAACACCGAAAUCCAAAUGAGCUGUCAUGAGAAGAUUGAGAGCUGUGAGGAAGUGACAAAGAUGGACACUCUAGUGAAGAGGACCUCUGACAUGGAUGUAGGCCUGAAGAGGACCAGGAGUGGACGGAUCAUCAAGUCUACUACGGAGACAAAUCUAACUGUGAACAAGCCAACAGCUAUAAAGGACAAAAUGGUCUCUCAGUACGACAUCCCCAACAGCCAGGAAACGCCAUCCACCUCCGCACCUAAGAAGAAACGCAAAUUCAGCGAACCCAAAGAACGCUAUUGACCUCACACCCCACUGCUAACACAGCAGCACUGCUGUAUUGACUUACAUUGAUGUUUUUUUAAAUUUCAGUGUUGAUUUACAGGUUAUGUAGUUGUAUUUUUUAGGGAAAAACUACAGUUUAGUUGAAUGAAAUACAGAUUUAAAAAUGUGUUGCUACUUUAAUACAAUUCAUCCAUGGAGUUGGAAUACUAAUUUACAAAACUGUUAAUUUUGCCUUUGAAUGGUUAUAUUUUUUUCUGGUACCAUUCUGUAACUUGUUGAACAAAGCAAGACUGCAAACUUCAAUAAAAUACAAAAAUGC